AUGAGCGGGUUUCUGAAGCUGCCGUGCGAGCUUGUAGCUGCUAUCCUCAGACAAGUCGACACGGCUCAGCAUCUGCUGUCUGCACGUCUGGCAUGCAGACACAUCAACAACGCUUUGAUACAGCAGUCAGGCCUUCCAGUCGAGAUAUUGCGCAGAGAGAUCAAUUCUGAGCUGCUUCCAUACGCCCUGGCGACAUUGAGGUGCUCGCGUAAAACCGUCACUCUAGAGCUUUGCAAGUCGACACUCCAAGACCUGCACGAGCAACCUCACAAACUUCUGGAGGAUUGCCACAAACUACGCUCUGGUGAGGCCUCAAAGCUUUCGCAAAUGCAUCAAAUGAUCACCGACCUUGCGAGGAAAUUUGCCAAUACUGCGUGGGCAAAGAUGGACCAGGGGCAAACUCUGGUAUUGUCUAUCCCGGAAGAAGUCAGGUUCUGCCGCGCCUUCUACAGAUUCGAACUGCUGUGUGCAUACAGUCGUGUCCGGAGUCAACUCGAGAGAGAGCCUUCCUAUGACCCCGACUCGCCGAUAUUUACCGAAAUGAGAGCGCAGCUUUUGGCCCCUUAUCCGCCGUGGGCGAAUGAGCAGCUUGGCUGCGCGACGGAGUUUUUGGCGAAAACGCUUCUAGAGAGUACGUUGUUCCGAAUCGAUUAGCGCAUAUACCACAUCUCAGACGGCUCACGGCUCUUAUCAGGUAUCCGUGGGGCUGUCGCUCAUGAGGUUCAAUUUGGAGAAUACAGUAUCGACUACCUCAGCCUGGAUGCCGAUAAUUUCUGGCUUCAUGAUCGCGUAAGUAGAACGAGCAUGCGCUAGAUGCUUCUUCAAACUAAUUGCGAUCUGGUUCAGCUCUCUCAUGGCAUCCAGAGCAUCCACCAGUUGCUGGAAUGCACUUCAAAACAUCAGAAAGUAGACCUAAUCCAGCCCCAAGAGGACGAUCUAAGCAGACCGAGUGCAAUCGACGUACUAUGCCCGCAAUCCGUCGAAGGUGGCGCGGUGCCACUCGUGGAAUACUCUGCAGCUGAACUCGAAGCUCUGAUUCCAGUGCAAAGGCUUGCAGAUGCAGACAACGGACCGUACGAUGCCUGGUAUCAGAUUCACAAAGAUGACUGGAACUGUAACUUCCUCAUGUACGGAGGCUACGAUGGCUUAAGAGAACGCGCCUACGUUUUCUGGGAUUCCGAAAGACUUCGCAGACAUGGCCUGACAGAGCACUUCCAAAAUGUUGAAGAGUACUCUACCUCUCAGCCAACAGAUUCAGAGCGAGAGGAAAUGUAUCGCUCUUUUGAAGAGAGGUCCAAGAUCUGGCAGAAAGGAGGCAGGGGAUUCUGGUAUGACGGUGAUGAGAGUGAGAUAGUGUGGCCAAAGAGAGGAUGA